AUGGCUGACGAAGAAAACCAAUCCAAAUUCAUGCGCGAAGCAAAGGAGAAUCCAUUUGUGCCCAUCGGACUGGCCGGAUUCAUGGGCAUCGUGGGAUACCGUCUGAUGAAGAUGAAAACUCGUGGAGACGUGAAGAUGUCUGUUCACCUCAUCCACAUGCGAGUGGCCGCCCAGGGCUUUGUGGUCGGAGCCAUGACGUUAGGUGUUAUUUAUUCAAUGUACAACGAGUUCUACCUCCGAGCCAAACAACCAAAGGCCGUGACGAACAAGUGA